CCGCCCGCCUCUCGCCGCCCCCGCAUCUCCCUGGUGUCCUCCAGAUCUUGAUCCAAGGGGAGGAGGCAGCAGGGAUUCCCUGGUUUAGAGCAGGAAAGACUUCAGCCGCCGCCAUGCUUCGGGCAGAAGACGUGCAGCUUGCAGAUUUAGCAACUGUAAUGACUUCCUCUGGACAGAACCAAAGUGAAAUCCAUUCCGAAAGAGCUGCUACAAAUACAAGAAGUGUGGACAUAGAGUCAUACUGCACCUACCCAAAUGAGAGGCGGGAAAGGAAUCAGAUCUAUACUCUUCUGAGCAUUAGUAGCAGUGUAAAUGAGCGAGAGGAAAGGCCCUUGGAGUGUGUUAGUGGAACAGGAUGGGAAGAAGCUGUCCAAAGCUGGAGCAAAGCAGCCCCCUUUGCUUAUCUUCAGUUACAAAAGAGAGCAAGAAAAACAAGGACAAGUGAGUCUGUUGGUGGAUGCCUUUAUUGCUUAGAUCUGAUGCAAGUUGUCGACAAAGGUUUGGAGCAAGACCCCAAGACUAUAGAUCAAUUGAAAUCUGAUUGCAAAUUUAGUACAAAUGUUAUCACAGAUAGUGUUCCGGAAAAACAAGAACUCUAUUCUAAUACAAACAUAAACACUUCUUCUGCAACAGAUGACACUACAAAUGAAAAUUGUUAUGCUGGUUCAGUUCAGAUGCUGAUCAUUCAGGCUGAUGGAGCAAGCGGCGAGGGGGCCCAGGAGCCUGGCUGUGUGCAAGAAAAACCAGCGAUGCUCGUGUGA